AUUUCCGUGAUUCGCAACGUUCUUUGAACAUGAAUUUAAAAUGUUUCAACAACUAUCUAAUACGAUGCUUUUGAUUUGAUUUAUUUUGGAUUAUUUAUUUGUCAUCAAGCUGUUCAUAAUAAGUUAAAGAGUAAGUUUCAAUAUAUAUAUAUAUAUAUAUAUAGGCCUCACAUGUUACUUUGAUUUUGAUAUGGUAUUAAAAUUUAAAGUAAACUAAAGAUAAAAUUUGCCAAGCCAAACAUAAGUUUAAGUUCAUAUAUAAUAUAAGUUAAGUCAAGUCACAAGCCAAAGUUAAGUGUACUUUUUAAGUGAUAUGUCGAAUACGCGUUGUCAGCUGACUUAUUCAAGUUAGUGUGUCUUAGUUUAAAUUUUAAUUUAUUGUAAUACAUUACUUAUUAAAAAAAUUGCACCUGGUGGCGGUGGGGACCAUGUGCCCUAGUAAUAGACUAUAGACUGACCAUGCAGUAUGUGAAUCAUGAUGAAGGUGGAAGCUUGAAUCAAGACAGUACAAAAGAUAGGAAAGUUCAGAACAUAAUAUUUAUAUUAUAUAUUUUUGCUGAACUAAAAUAUCUGGUAAAUGUAGACGAAUGCCACUAUUUUAUCGAUGGCCGCUGCUAAUGUAUCCCUAAAUCGAUCCCUAUGCCUGAACCCUAAAUCGAUCCCUCAACCUAACCUAAACCCUAAUUUACUGCAACUAUAAUAAACAAGCAAAUGACGUCGUGGGAUUCAUGCUCUACAUUAGCCAAAUCUGUAAAUAGUUGUAUGAUAUAGCAAUAACAUAUUGCUAAAAUAUUUAAAAAGUGCAGACUCACUGAGAGUCAGGUCAUGUAUAUUCUAUAUAACAUAGGCUAAUUCAUGGUCAUUAACAGACAACUAACAAAUGCCAUUAUUUGUUAGAAAUGAAGGUGGACGCAAUGAAGGAUACUGAAAGUUAUGUGAUGGAUGAUGAUGAGGAACCAAAGACAAACAGACAGAAGCUUGGUCGCAUAAUUACCUCUACAAAGUUCAUGGUAAAAUUUGUAACAUAUUUGUAAUAUUCUUAAUGAUAAUGGUAUCAUUCACAGAUGAAAAACAUAGUUUUAAUCUUUACCUUGUCAAAAAUAGCUAGAACCCUAAUUGUCCUUAUUUAUGACUUCAAAAAGGCCUUAGAUUUUUAUAUUUGUGUUAUUUUCUUGUAACAAAUUAAAAUUAUAGAAAAUUUAAUUACUUCAUGACUUCAGUUGUAUUGUUUUGUGGAUUUAACUUACAUAGGCCUAUAUCACAUUUUCAUUAUUAAUCAAUGUUCAAUAAGGGGGUCCAACAUGUGGCGAACGAGCUAUUUUGUUUUUGGGGGGGUGUGGUUUGGUGGGGGGGGGGGGGGGGGGGGGGGGUCAGAUCAGAGGCGGUACCUGUUGGUGGUCCUUGUGAGUGAGGAAAUAAAAAAGCAAUAUCUUUAAUUUAAUAAUGACAUAAAAAUAUAUAAUGAAAUACCAAAGAAGACAUAAAAUGACUUAAUUAGGUAGUAGAAAGCUAGUUUUUCCUUUAAAAGGAGCUCGAGAAAAUUAUUACAGAGGCCAGACGUUUUUCCUUUGGCGCAAUGGGCCAUGCCACAGUCCAGUUUAUUAAUCAUUUUCACCUUUAGGUACAUUCAAUGCUUUCAAUAUUGUUACAAGUUUUUUUAGAUCCGUUCAACAAUCUUAUAUUUUUCAGAACCACAUAAUUUUUAAAUAGGGCAGAGUGUAAAAUUGCUUUUUUCCUAAACUCAUCAUGAGCAUUAUGUAUACAUUCAAUGUAGGUAAUAUUUUAUGAAAGUGUUGCCACACAUUUACCAAAUGACCGUGGAAAUUAUAUUUAUCGUGAGGCAACUUGUUAUAAUGAGAUCCUCAAAUAUAUUUUACUAGUUAACCUAUUAGAAUUAAUAGUGUCUUUUUUUGUUUUAUAAUUAGCUUUUUAAAAAAAAAUUGUUAUGUUUAUUUUAAAAAAAAUAUUUUUCACUAACUAAUGGCAGUGGUUAUAAAACAAAGGCUGGAUUAUAAUUCUAGAAUUUUACUUAUUUUUUUUUAAAAAUAUACUAACUUUCUUAUUUUGUCCCCAUCAAGAUUGUUAAUAACUGAAUUCCAAUUUUAUCCUCCCUCAUCACAUUUUUUCCAUUUUUCAGCUAGGCGUCAUUGCUCUAGUCUCAAUAGACUGCCUAAUAGUGAUAACAGAGACCAUGGUGGUGUUCCAUUUGAUUAGACUAGAACCCACGUCAUUCAGGGACAUUGUUUUAAUGGUUUGUAAUGUCAUACAAAGCAUUUUCUUUCUUUUUAUCCUAGUAACACUAGUAACAGCUUUUUCAUUAUGUGAUAAUGCAUUUAAUUUAAAUGGUGCAGGAUUCCUAAAAUCCUGGUUAUUCUAUGUUAAAUUUUAAGUCAUAAAUUAAAUUAUUUCUAUACUUUUUAAAAAAUUUUAUAGUUAUUAAAAAUUAUUUAUUGAAAACUUGAAAGGUUUCAAUUUUAAAAUAAAAUCUCACUACAAAUUAUAAAUAAAAGGUUUAGAAUGUAUUCCUUAUCUUUAAUAGCAACAAAUGCAUCAUCAUUUGGUUGUUUCCUUGGCUUCUAUUACGUUUAAAAUAAUUAGAUGGAACUUUUCUCAAGCUGUUUUCUUUUGAAACCAAAAUCUCCACAGAAAUGCCCAAAAAACUAUAACUAAUUUUAAGUUAUGUUAUAUCGUUAUCUACAUUAUCUAGUAUUAUAAAUAUUGUUUCAGCAAUCUAACUCCACCUGGUGAAGAAAGUGAAUUGACAAAUUUUGUAGUGCUUUUUAACUCAUAAACCCUUUCAAAUCAUUUUUCUUUCUUUUAUAGAUCUUCCAUGUUUCAAGCGUUACGAUUCUGAGCUUAUUUAUGAUAGAAAUAGCUGUCCGCAUCUAUGUUAUGCGCCUAUCAAUCUUUAAACACAAGCUGGAGCUCUUUGAUGCUCUUGUGGUCAUAGUGUCUUUUUGCCUGGAUAUUAUUUAUCUUGGAAGAGAUGAUGCAGCCAAUAGUGCUGGACUCCUCAUCCUACUGAGGCUGUGGAGGGUGACAAGGAUUCUCAAUGGUGAAAAUAAUACUUUUGUUACAUCUCAUGUUUAAGUUUAAGGGCAGCCACGCACAUUUUUUGCCACCAUAGCUUCUCAGGUUUUUUUUUUUAUUACCCAUGAUGACAACAGUUUAUGAGAAGAGUAGUCUUAUUAAAUGCAUAGAGUUGGUAUAGGCCAUUGGCCAACUUUGUUUUAUUUUUUUAAAGACAGUAGUCAUCUUUUGUGUCCUUGAUGUUAAUCUAAAUCUAAAUAGAAUUUGAUAGAAUUUACUUUUGUAACCGACCUCCUGUGUAGAAAUCCUUAUCAAACAAAAGAAAACAAUUUUAUAAAAAUAUAUAUAUAAAGUGAUUUUCUUGGGGUUUUCUAUUUCUAGUUAUUCAUUCAUGGCAUUUUAUAUUUUUCAUUCAUUAUUCAGUUUUUAAAAUUUUACUGUAAUUAAUGUAAAUUAAACAUUUCUUUUAAAUAUUUAUUACAUGCGUAUGUAAAAGGCAUGUUAAGUGGGGUAAUAAAAAAAUAAUGUUCCUCUUCAUUUUUUAAAACUGUUUAGAAAGUACAUUGUUAACGUUUUCUCCUAGAUUAAUUUAUAAUAUCUGUACACUAUUUGCUUCAGGGAUUGUCAUGUCUGUGAAAAAAAAUGCAGAAAACGAUCUUAGACAUGAGAAGAUGUUGAGAGAGCAAAUUGAGAAAGAACUGGAGAUCACUCGCAAGACUUGUUUAGAAAAAGAUCUUGAAAUAUCAAAACUUCAAAAUUCCUUGGUGGCUUUUCAAAGUGGAGAUGGACCCCAAAAACAAAACUUUGAGAUCGAAACUCCAAAACAGGAAACUGGAGAACCCGGGACACCAACUUUUCCUAUGGAGGCCACAAAAUCAUCUCAUUCUACUUUAGUUAACCCACCUGUUUAAUUUUUAAAAAAUUCCUUACAAUACCAAGUUAGCUCAUUAAAACUUUUUAUGUGUGCUUUGCAUGUGGUGAGAUUAGAAGAAAUAAAUAAUCUGAAAUAAAUUUAAAUCUGUAUAAUAUAAUAAAAAAAAUAUAAAAUUAACUAUGAAAUGUUAUUUUAAACAAAAAAUUUGGUCUUAUCAAGGAGAGCAGGUAAGAUGCACAAAAUUCUUAGAAAAAUAUGAAAGGUAACAAUUUACUGUUCAUUCAUUUAAUCUAGGUAUCGUGCAGAAAUGCUAAAAUGAUUGAAAUAUAGUUAAAGCAAGUUCCUCGGGUUGUCCCAGAAAGCUGCUGUCAAAUUUAAAAUUCAGAGGGAGAACCCUUGACAACGAGGAGAAGUUAAUGCAGGCUGGUCUCUUAUUCAUCGACACUGAACUGAACAAUUGAACAGACAGCAUAGGACAAGAUCUGCUAUAGUUUAAGAUUGGUUAACAUUUAUACUUUAUACAAAUAUGGUACAUUUUUAUGCGAGUAUAUAUUUUCUUAAAAUCUUUAGUAACACUUUAUUAUCAAUUGUUUUAUCUCUUUCUUUAUGAAAAAAAAAAUAAAUGAUACUUGACGAAGAUAUUUUUUAUUUAAUUGCAAAUAUAAUGGUGUUACUAUUAAUUUUGAUAAUUCAUUGGGUUUAGAGGGAGCAAAAACGUCUUCAUUUGGGACCCAAAUAUUUUUAUAUACCUAUUUUAAGCAUUGAAUAACAAUAUUUUUUUAAACAUUAGUAUUUGGCCAACAAAUAAGAGGGGGGGGGGGGUUUAUUUUGCAGACAAGUUAAAAUUCUGCACAUUUAAGCCAAAAGUUACAAAAUAUUUUUUUUUAUUAUACCCCUAUGUAUUUUAAGCAUUGAAUAACAAUAUUUUUUUAAACAUUAGUAUUUGGCCAACAAAUAAGAGGGGGGGGGGGUUUGUUUUGCAGACAAGUUAAAAUUCUGCACAUUUGAGCCAAAAGGUACAAAAUAUUUUAUUUUAUUAGACCCCUAUGGUCUUUAGUUACAGGGCAUAUCAAUUAUUUUUUUUAACUUAC